GCUGCGUUCCCUUACUGAGCGUCCACCGUCCAAUCAGAAGAGAGAUAGGCGGUCGCUUGAGCGCAGCAGCCAAUCACAGCUGAGCAGUGUUCGGGACAUGCCCGGGCAAGCUCCGGAGAGAAGCCGGUAUAGAGGAACACGUGUUAUCUGUGCGGAGAGUUCCGGGAACCGGCAGGGCGGCGGGUGACAGCAAUCCUUGAAGAUGGAAGGCAGAGCAGCCCGCAGUUUGUUUUACGGCUUCCGGGGGUCCAGCCACUACUUGAACGCGGCUCAUAAAGACGUCCUAAUGGAGGAGCCCGAAGCUUCUUGUGCCAAAAGCCGUAGGAAGAGCCGGAAACACCAACGCUUCCUGAAGUACAAAGAGUUCCUGCAGCAACGCGGGCGGCUGGGCACGCCGAGAUGUGAGCCCAUACCAGGGAAAGGAGAAGAUUGGUGCUGUGACUGUGAUCGGGACAGCCAUGGUGGGCUACAUGAGGAAGAACCAAACACAGACCUCCUGGAGGACCAGUCUGCUAAACUGGAGAAGAUGAAGUCCAUGCUGUGUUCUCUGCCAGCCUUGGCCUCUGAUUAUUCUACAGCAUGUGACUAUGACAGCGGCUUGUCCGUGUCCGGCAGUUCUCCAUCUAGCAGACCCUCGUCCCCCUGCUCCUGGCUAAAACCUGGCAAGUGUGUUGCCAUUGACUGUGAGAUGGUGGGCACGGGGCCUGGUGGUAGGACCAGUGAGCUGGCCCGGUGUAGUAUUGUUAACUACAGAGGGGACGUUGUCUAUGAUAAAUACAUUAAUCCACAGCUGCCAAUCAGAGACUACAGAACACGCUGGAGUGGGAUCACCAAACACCACAUGAAGAAUGCCAUACCGUUUAAAACUGCACAGAAAGAGAUCUUGAACAUCCUGAAGGAUAAGAGAGUCAUUGGACACGCUCUGAUCAAUGAUUUUAAAGCUCUGAGAUAUCACCAUCCCAAGGAGCAAACCAGAGACACCAGUAAGAUCCCUCUGCUCAUCCAUAUGGCGGGACUGUCCAAUACCCCUUCUUUAAAGAGUCUAGCAUGGUGUCUCCUGCAGAAACAGAUACAGGUGGGUAAUAAGGGCCACUCGUCGGUGGAAGACGCUCAGACAUGCAUGGAGCUGUAUAAAUUGGUGGAGGACCAGUAUGAACAAGACCUUCUUACUGACAUUCAUGAAGCCACUGUGAGCAUUCCGGAGGAGGAGGAGGAGCGCGCUCAGAACAACAACCACUACAUGGAUGAUCAAUACUGGCCAUCAGACUUGAAUGAAGACUGCAAAUAAUUGCCAAAGAUCAGACUGUCACAUCUUCAUCCCACUAUGUCCAUGUUAAUAAUUGUAUUGCUGCUAUUUAAAUAACUUAUUGUGUACUGUUGGUGUUAUCACUUGAACUUCCUGAAAUAGAUUCUGUAGCAGGAGGCAUUGGAAGGGCACAUUCACACCUUUUGCCUUUUUUGAAGCAUGUUUAGCCCAAUGCAUUUUACAUUGGGAGGAACAAAAAAAGAAACCGUAUCAAUUUGUGUAGUGUUUUUAAUGCACUUUACAUUGCACAGCAACGCACAUUGACAUGUAUUUUGAUGUCUCCAUUGAUUCCAAUUGAAACCAUAAAGGUGCGACGCCUUAUUCUCUACCUCGUUGGCCAUUAAGGUUUUUUUCACUUGUUCAAAGUGGAUGACACUCAGACGCCUAAUAAUAUAACAAAAAAAAAAAAAAACAGUUGCUUUAACUUCAGGAAAUUCCAUCUUUAAUAACAGUUUGAUCUCCAGUUGGGUUAACAAAAUAUCUAAGCAGUCUGCGUUAAAACAGUUUUUCUUCUUUAAUAUUAAUGACGGUAAUGGACUGUUUGAUGUAAGAACUGUAUCUGUUGUCACCGGUCACAUCCAAUUGUUUACUGCAGAAUAAACUCCUAAAUCUGAUAAA